AUGCCAGUAACACCAACACCGGCGAACGUCCUUCGCGCGUCUCUGGAGCAGCACAACGAGACGUUUGAGAGUCUGUUGAAGCUCAUCCCGGCGCAGUACUACAUCGUGAACGAGGCUACUGAGGAGCAGAUCGCCUCCAAAUUCCAAAAACACAGCAAGAAACAAAAAGGGAUCAAGCAUGCUGCAGAAGUCGCAGCUGCCAAACAGGAAGCGAAGAGGAGGAAGCUCGACCCAGCAAACCAAAAAACAAUCCUCGACAUCCAAAACGAAUCCUCCAAGUCCAAAUCCAAAGCCAAGAAACGCGCCUCCUCCACCAACGCCUCCGACAGCGGUUCAGACGGGGAGGACAACGACAUCUCGAUGGACGUCGACGCCGGGGAAUGGGAGGACGUUUCGUCCGAGGCGGGUGAGGGGGAUGUUAGUAUGCGUGAUGGAGACGACGAGGGAGGAGGGGAAGGUGAAGGUGCAGAGGAGAAGUUGGUCCCAAUGCCACGUUCAGAAGGGGGUAUCGCCGCCCUACGUCAAAAACUACAUGACAAGAUCGAGAGAUUGCGGGGGAACAAGCGGAGAGGCUCAGAACCAGCAUCCAAAGAUGAUCUGUUGGAAGAACGGCGGCAGCAACGCGCCGCCCUCCGGGAGCGAAGGCGAAAGGAGACGAAGGAGAGGUUAAGACGCGAGAGCGAGAUGAAGAAGGCUAAGGCUAAAUCUAACUCUGUCUCUGCCUCUGCGGCACCGGGUGGGAAGGACGGGAAGGAGGGUAAAGGCAAGGACCGGGAUGUGGCUGGGAAUACCACCAAGCCUCAACUCCUCGUCUCCGAAAACCCCUCCUCCAAAUACACCUCCAUCGCCUUCUCAAAAACCACCACCACCUCCACCUCCAAAAAGUCCUCCUCAUCCACCGCAGCCUCUAAAUUAGGCUUGAAACUCCCCUCAGACCCGACACAAGCUCUCGCCGCGCUCCAAAAACAUAAAGCGCAUUUGGAGAAGCUGCCGGAGGAGAAGAGGAAGGAGGUGGAGGAGAGGGAGAGGUGGGUGAAGGCUGAGAUGAGGAUGGAGGGUGCGAAGGUUAGGGAUGAUGAGGGAAGGCUUAAGAAGGCUGCGAAGAGGAAGGAGAAGGAGAAGGAGAGGGGGAAGAAGGAGUGGCAAGAACGCAAAGAACAAGUCGCAGCAGCCAUGGCCGCCCGCCAGAAAAAGCGCGCCGACAACAUCGCCAUGCGGAACGAGCGCAAGAAGGGCGGGAAGUCCUCUUCCUCUUCUUCAAAGGGUGCCUCCUCCUCCUCGUCGUCGUCGAAAGGAAAGGGAGGGAAGACAGGUGGAGGGAAGACUUCCAAGGGAGGCAAGUUGGCGAACAAGACGAAGAGUAAGGGGAAGGGAAGGCCUGGGUUUGAGGGGAAGCGGUAG